GGAUUAAUAGAACUUCUGCUUUUACGAAUAAUACCUGACAAUUGAAACUGUUGACACUUCGCACAUCAUUCAAAAUGAGACCUACUUCAAUCCUUAGAUCUGGUGGUGACGGAGAGGUUGGAAAGUACGGAAAAUACCUUGGUGGCUGGGGUAACUUGGGCUCCCAACCCCAGAAGGGUGUCGCAUCAUAUGCACUCAGUGCCAACCGACAACGUCCUCUCGCCGGCGCCUUGAACGCAGCUAUCUUCAACACCUGGAGACGAUUCCGUGGCCAAGUCCUUUAUGUUGCACCACCAUUCAUUAUCGCAUACACUGCCAUGGAAUGGGCUAUUGAGAGAAACGAAUACUUGAACUCCAAGCCGGGAAGAUUGGAGUUUGGUGGCGAGGAAUAGAGCUUGGAAAGUACAUGACCAGCAUGCUAAGCGGUAUUUGGUGUUGAACCUUUCCUGAUCCUCCAAACCGAAGAAGUUUGGUGGCUAUGCGAGAUUCGAGGAAGAAAUUGGGGUGUAAAGUAUUAGACUGGGAUUUUGCAAUGCAUCAUGGUUUCUAAAAGAGUGUUUCUACGCAAGUUAUUAGGGUGUGACUUUUGCUAUUUGUGAAAGCAUUAUGAUAUGGUGAUUUGGACAUGAAUGAGGCCGAUAAUACAGGAAGACAUGAUAUUACUCAAAACCCACACAUCCGUGAAGUCUUUCAUGCUGGCCAAACCUUUGAUACUAUUAUAACAUCUUUUAAGCAAUUCCAUUUCACCAGACGUGCCCA